AUGAACGAGAUCGGAUAAAGGAACAACCGUUAUUGGACUAAAUGUAUAUAAGUCUCAACGACUUCUCAAAAUGCCAAGUCUGUAUCUUUAAUAUCAUCCUUUCCAUUGGCCUCACAAAGAUUCAAUUGGCUUGAACAUCAUGGCUAGCACCAAGGACUUGCAAAUCGCCAUCAUGGGCGCCGGCAUGGGCGGACUAGGAGCUGCCCUAGCUCUAGCCAAACGAGGUUUCAAGCACAUUGAUGUUUAUGAGACUGCCAGUAGCCUUGGUUUUGUAGGAGCUGGUAUUCAAAUGGCUCCAAACAUGGGGAGAAUCCUUGAUAGGUUAGGGUGCUGGGAUGAUAUUGAGAAGGAAGCUACUUGUGUAGCGGGUAGCAGUAUUCGACAGGGGGCAACUAAUGUUGAGCUGGCUCAUGUUGAUAUGCCCGAUAUCAAGGGAAAAUACGGCUUCUCGCACCUCUGUGGCCAUCGAGCUUCCUUAGCUGGUCAUCUAUACGAAGCUUGCAAGAAAGAGAGCGCCAUUACCUUUCAAUUCGCAACGAGCUUGGUCGAAGUUGAGAGCUUCGCUCCUAAAGUUACCUUCAAGCUCCAGCCCAGAGAUGGGGAGGUAUUCACCCGUGAAGCUGAUAUCCUUCUCGGCGCAGACGGCAUCAAGAGUGUGACUCGAUCUCAGCUCCUCCAACAAGUCAACGCCACGCCUGAAGAGGCCGAAACCGGUCAAGCUGCUUAUCGUAUCAUGCUCAAGCGAGAAGAUAUGGCUCAUGAUCCUGAAUUACUGGCUCUCAUUGAUAGCGACAAGGUUGUGAGAUGGGUGGGGGAGAAGCGACACAUCAUCGCAUACUCAAUCGCCAAUAAGUCCAUUUACAACCUUUCAACUGUCCAGCCAGAUGACAACUUUGCAUCCGCUCCUUCUAUCACAUACACAACCAAGGGAUCUAAGAAAGUUAUGUUGGAAGUGUUUGAGACAUUCUGUCCUCUUGUACAGAAGAUGCUCAACCUGGUCCCUGAAGGAGAAGUCUGCGAGUGGCGACUAAGGAUGUACAAGCCAUUGCCUACAUGGACUCAAGGAUCAGUAGCAUUGUUAGGAGACGCUUGUCAUCCAACGCUCCCCCAUCUUAGCCAAGGAGCUGCAAUGGCUAUUGAGGACGGUUCAACAAUCGCCGAGGUUCUGUCCCUUGCCCCCGACACUCAGCCCGAGACUAUUGCCAAGUGCUUGAAGGUGUAUGAGCAAUCUCGAAAGGAAUGGACCUCGAAUCUGGUCGAAAUGGCAUAUCUGUCUGGUCGAACACUGCAUCUGGGCGAAGGAAAAGCAAAGGAGGAGAGAGAUAGGAUGUUCAAGGAGCACAAGACGAGUGGUUCGGUUCCUGAUAAGUGGACAUCGCCGGAUGUACAAAAGAUGAUUUACACAAAUGAUUGUGUCGCAAAGAUUAGGUCCGAGUUUGAGACAGCCUUUGCCGCAGCAUAGUAUCAUAUCAGUUAUGGCUUGGCAUUCACACCUAGGGACAAAUAUACGUAUUGAGACUGAAUAUUAUGAAAUUAUAAGUCGUACUUUAUCGAGGA